AUGGACAACGGUGGCCCUGACGAUCAUCUGCUACCGGGACAAAGAUUUGUCCCAAUGGAAGACGAACUGCUUCUCUGCUACUUGAAGCCCAUGGUGCAUGGAAAGCAAGUACCCGGCAGAGACCUCGUGGUGUUUGACUGUGACCUAUACGGUGACCAAGAACCAUGGGAGAUAUGGGAAACAUAUAAAUCCAGAAGAGCAAACGACUUGAGGAAAAACAAAGACCUCUACUUCUUCGCUCAGCAGAAGAAGAAGACUCCAAAAGACUCGCGGGUAGGCCGAACAGUCGGAAGGGGUGGCACUUGGAAAGAAGAGUCCGGCAAGAAAGUAAUUUCUCCGGAGACUAAUCGAGUGAUUGGCUACAAGAAAACAUUCGGUUACAAAAACCAAGGAUCCCCGCAUGAAGGCUGUUGGAUCAUGCAUGAGUUUGAACUUGAUCCAUCCCAACUCAUACACAAGAAACAAGAAACAAAUUAUGUUCUUUGUGUACUUCGAAAGAAAAAGGAACCCGAAAUAAACAAAAGAAAAAGGCUAGAACAGAAGCCCGGAUACAAUUCUGUCCUGGAUGAUGGAACUAACCUUAUUAGCAAGCAACCGAAGCAAGAAAGUCUUGUGUCAUCCACUUCCAUUGCACCACCUCCGCCAAUAGGGUUAGGUGCAGAACAAGGUGAACGGGAGCAGUGCUUGCAACCUCCAUACAUUAAUAACCCUAAUGCACAAACAGUACCAUUGCCAUAUACCUUUCCUAGUGAAGAAAAUUGGGGAGCGCAACAAUUUGCAGCUGAAGAGCAAUAUUGGCGGCAGCAAUUUGUCGUUCCAUCUGGAGUUGAUCAAAAUAGGAAUUUCUCUGAGUGGGAAGAAAAACUGUGGCAGCAGAUGGUAGCUGACCUUGGCACCACACCUCACCCUCAAUGA